AUGCAGAAGACACAAGCCCUUCAAGUGUGGAUACUACUGGGUUUCGUUAGUGGACCACUGUGUGAUGGUGAGAGUAGAAAGUUGCAGGACCUGAUCGGGGCCAUUCUGAAGCAAUCUGCACCGCACCUGGGCUUUCUGCUUGAAUCGCGCCCGAACGUGAGGCAACCGGACGCUGACGAAGCCAGUGAUCAGAGCGUGACAGAUGCGGCACAGCGACGCUUUCACAACCUGUUCGUCGUCGACGAUCAUGUCGCCUUCCAACGUGUCUCGAACGCGAUGAGCAAGACGGUGUUCGACUACUCCGGUUACUACACAGUGCUAGUGAUGAAUCCAGAUCACCACCGAGCGCUUCGGAGCAUACAGACAAUCCUCAGCGAUCUGUGGAUGCAUUACGUCAUCAACGUGGCAGUCCUGGUGGCGGUUCCGACGCGGCAAUCGAAGGCCCUUGUGUAUACCUACUUUCCGUACGCCAAAGAGCACUGCGAACAUGUCCGUCCGGUCGUUUGGAACGUCUACGACCAUACAGCCGGUAGAUUUGAGCACGACGAGCGCGACCUCUUCCCUGCCAAGAUGGAAAACUUCUUCGGCUGCCCGCUCACGGUUGCAACGUUUUCCAUCUACCCAUUCAUCAUUCCGGAACCAAUGGGGCCGCUUGAGGGCAUCGAGGGGCUAUUGCUAGACGCUCUUCGCGAGCGAUUUAACUUCAGGCUAGAGGUGGUGUUUGUGGAGCCGCCGGACUGGGGUAUCGCUGGACCACGGACCGAUGCAACCGGUGCAGCUCUCUAUAUACGGCAACGCCGGGCGAAUCUAACCAUCGGCUACUGGGCGACGACGCUCCACCGCAAUCAGUACAUGGCCAACAGUGUCGCAUACUAUACGUCGCUGUUGGUACUCGCCGUGCCACCCGGGGCACCGUACACCUCCCUGGAGAAGUUUCGCUUUCCAUUCCGGGCACCCGUCUGGCUGUUGCUGCUCUUGAUGCUGACCAUCGGUUCGCUCGUCAUCGGCCUGUUGCGGCGUCGACACGUCUCAGUUCAGCGACUGGUGUUUGGAGCCACCUCCUCCAACCCUUGGUUUAGCAUGAUUAACGUGCUCCUUGGUGGUGGCCUUUACCGGCAACCGGGUCGUAACUUUGCCCGUGCCUUGCUCAUACACUGGCUCGCCGGGACACUGAUCCUGCGCAACGCUUACACCGGCUCGAUGUUCAAGUUCUUGCAGGCGGCUCGAAACCACAGCACGCCGGAAACUGUUUCUUCGCUUUUGGACUCAGGGUACGAGUUGUACAUGUAUCGGAACUAUAGCUUCGUGUUCGACGCCAAUCCGCUGAUAAAGCGCCAGGUGCGGAUCGUAACAGCGCAAGAGUUCCGAAGAGAGACACUGCUGCGUCUGCAGCAUCACCGCGAGCGGUUGGCGGUGCUACUGCCCAUCGAGACGAUUACAUUCCUCAACCGCAACCUAAGCCGAGAGGGCCUUCUGCUACGACUAGCGCGCGAUCGCGUUUAUGUUGCCAAGUUAGCCAUUUAUAGCCAGCAUGCGUCGCCUCUGAUCACACCGUUCAACCGAGUGCUGGAGAUGUUCGCCUCAGCCGGGCUUAUUGCACGCUGGGCCGGUCGCUACCAUCAGAAACGGUUCUUGAUUGACCAACACCGGCAACGUAGGGUGAACAGCAUUGUUUUAAGCGAUAUGUCCGGGAGUUUCAUAAUUCUCGUAAUAGGCUUAGUGAUUAGCUUGAUUGCCUUUGCCGCAGAGAUAUGCACUAGUAAUAGGCUCCGAUCCCGAUUAUCUAAAACAAAGAAACAUGAUAAUUAUAAUAAUUAUAAUCCAGCGAAGCGCUGA